UGGUUUCCCCCAGCUAAGGAGCACCCUAGGGUGUGGUGCCCUGGAAGCUGCCCUAGGCAUGGGCUGAACUUAAGCCCACCUGAGGUCGCUGACGGCCCCUGCACAAUGUGUGGCCAUGUAUGAGGGUAGGUGGAGUGGGUCCCAGUGUCGCUGCCCCUUCUAAUGUGUCUCCCUGCCCCUCCAGGCCCCUGGCCCAGACAUGGCCCGUCGCUCCCAGAGCUCCUCUCAGGGGGACAACCCACUGGCACCUGGUUACCUGCCACCUCAUUACAAGGAAUACUAUCGCCUGGCAGUGGACGCACUGGCUGAGGGCGGGCCGGAGGCCUACAGCCGCUUCCUGGCCUCCGAGGGGGCACCUGACUUCCUGUGCCCUGAGGAAGUGGAACAUGUGAGCCGCCACCUGCGGCCCCCACAGCAUGUUGCCCGGGAGUCCCCUGAAGGCAGCCCUCCUGAUGUGGACAUGGAUGGCUCCUCAGGCACCUACUGGCCCGUGAACUCGGAUCAGGCUGUGCCUGAGCUUGACCUGGGCUGGCCCCUGACCUUCGGCUUCCAGGGCACUGAGGUAACCACACUGGUGCAGCCUCCACCGCCCGACAGCCCCAGCAUCAAGGACGAGGCUCGCAGGAUGAUCCGCUCUGCCCAACAGGUGGUGGCCGUGGUGAUGGACAUGUUCACCGACGUGGACCUGCUCAGCGAAGUGCUGGAGGCCGCCGCGCGCCGGGUCCCGGUCUACAUCCUGCUGGACGAGAUGAAUGCGCAGCACUUUCUGGACAUGGCCGACAAGUGCCGCGUCAACCUGCACCACGUGGACUUCCUGCGCGUGCGCACUGUGGCAGGCCCCACCUACUACUGCCGCACGGGGAAGUCCUUCAAGGGCCACGUGAAGGAGAAGUUCCUGCUGGUGGACUGCGCCGUGGUCAUGAGUGGGAGCUACAGCUUCAUGUGGUCCUUCGAGAAGAUCCACCGCAGCCUGGCGCACGUGUUCCAGGGCGAGCUGGUCUCCAGCUUCGCGGCCGCUGGCGACCUCCUGCCCUCGGCCUUCCGCGUCCCUGCAGCCUUCCCAGCCAGGGGCCUGGUGGCAGGCCCCGGCAGUGGUGGCGGCGACGGCCCGGAGCGCGAGGGCUCUGAGGAGGCCGGCCUGGCCAAGCAGGACUCCUUCCGCUCGCGCCUGAACCCGCUCAUCCAGCGCAGUUCGCGGCUACGUUCCGCCGCUGGUGCCCUCGGCGGGGCGGGCGGGGCCGCAGCGGCCGCCACCGAGAAAGUGCAGCUACUGCACAAGGAGCAGACGGUCACCGAGACGCUGGGUCCCGGUGGAGAGGCCGUGCGCUCUGCCGCCUCUGCCAAAGUGGCCGAGCUCCUGGAGAAGUAUAAGGGCCCGGCCCGUGACCUUGGCGGCACAGGGGGCGCAGUCACUCUCGCCAGCCACAGCAAGGCGGUCGCGACCCAGUCGUGGCGGGAAGAGGUGGGGGCGGCAGGUGGCACGGGGGCCGAGCGCCGCAGCCUCGAAAGCUGCCUGCUCGACCUGCGCGACUCCUUCGCGCAGCGGCUGCACCAGGAGGCCGAGCGGCAGCCGGGCGCCGCCACGCUCACCGCCGCGCAGCUGCUCGAGACGCUGGGCCGCAGCGGCACCGACCGCCUGCCCUCCCGCUUCCUCCCUGCCCAGGGGCGCUCCACCUCCCCGCAAGGGCGGGACAGCCCCCCGCCGGAGGGGCCCGGGACGCACCAGGCACCCCAUUCUGAGCCAAAAGGGAGCCCCAUCUCGGCCUACCCCGAGCGGAAGGGGAGCCCCACGCCUGGAUUUCCCACUCGCAGAGGCAGCCCAACUACAGGAUUUACUGAGCAGAAGGGGAGCCCCACCUCAGCCUACCCGGAGCGCAGGGGCAGCCCGGUGCCCCCCGUGCCCGAGCGCAGAGGCAGCCCGGUGCCCCCUGUGCCCGAGCGCAGGGGCAGCCUCACCUUUACCUUCUCCGGGGAGUCUCCGAAGCCUGGGCCCACGGAGGAGGUGACAGGCGGCCCCAUGGAAGUCCUGCGCAAGGGCUCCCUGCGCCUCCGGCAGCUGCUGAGCCCGAAGGGCGAGCGGCGCGCGGAGGAUGAGGGCAGCUUCCCAGCACCGCAGGAGAACGGGCGGCCUGAGAGCCCCCGGCGGCCGUCGCUGGGCCGGGGCGACAGCGCGGAGGCUGCCGCAGGAGACGAGCGGGGCCCGCGGGCGCGUCUGUCCUCAGCCACGGCGAACGCCUUGUACAGCAGCAACCUGCGCGACGACACGAAGGCCAUUCUGGAGCAGAUCAGCGCCCACGGCCAGAAGCACCGUGGGGGCCCCACGCCGGGCCCGAGCCCGGCGCACAGCAGCCCUGACCUCGGUCGCCCGCCUACUUCCGGAGGCCUGGCCCCAGACAUGUCCGACAAGGACAAGUGUUCAGCCAUCUUCCGCUCGGACAGCCUGGGGACGCAGGGCCGGCUGAGCCGCACGCUGCCCGCCAGCGCCGAGGAGCGCGACCGGCUGCUGCGCCGCAUGGAGAGCAUGCGCAAGGAGAAGCGCGUCUACAGCCGCUUCGAGGUCUUCUGCAAAAAGGAGGAAGCCGGCGGCCCGGGGGCAGGGGAGGGCCUGGCGGAGGACGACAGUAGGGACAGCAAGGUGGGCAAGUUCAUGCCCAGGAUCCUGGGUACGUUCAAAGGCAAGAAGUGAGUCCCCUGGCCCACCAGCCCAGGCCAGGCCAGGGUCCGCAUCACUGCUGCCCCCACCCAGAGCACCCUGCUGGGCAGGGAGCUUCACGCCCCUGUGUCUGAGUGGUGGCCCCUAGGCCCUCGUGCCGAAGCAGUUUGGGGCCCGGCGGAGCACGGCCGGAGCCGGCUCCACUUGGGGUUAGCCCUGCCUCUGCCUCGGCCUCUUCUCCCCUGGGGCUCCAGCCCCGCACUGCCGGUGCCUUUCUCCCCCGACUCCCUUCUCAGCCCCUCAGCCUGCCCCUCCUCACGCGUCUGCCUCCACCGUCUCCUUGGGCUCAGGCCCCUUCGGACCUUCAUUCACCUCAGGGACCAACGUCUUCGUGCUUCAGCCCCACCUUCUCUCAGGGCCUCCCUCGCCUCAGGGCUUCUGUUCUCAGGGUUUCUCUCUCUUCCUGUCUCCUGACAGCCCUGCACUUUCUCUCUCAGGCCCAGCCUCCCACCUCUGUCUCCACUGCUGGGGGCUCACUUUUGCGGGGAAGGCAGGGCUGGCCACAGGCAGUUUAUGACGGAGGAGUGGAGCUGGCCCAAAGGAUGCCACUCAGAGUGAUGGAAGCUGGACAGGGAGGACGCUGGGAAGGGGGGUUUCAGGGGACCCCUAAGGGGCUGCCCUGCCGGCCUGAACUGAAGCUCGCUCGGCCAGGUCAGCCCACUCCUCCAGCAAGGCUCCUGUCAGUACCUGGUGAGAAGCAAGCAGUGGAGUACUGGGCUUUGUGGCACAAUAAAACACCACCUGGAUACACAACGUGUGGCCCAGCCUCAUGAAGUGUCCCCUGCACAGGCACUAUCCCAAGCCUUGUCCUAGAAAGAGGCUGGAUGUGGAGCACUUGUCCUUGACAGGCAUGGGGCCACGAGGGCAGAGGACAGGGUGUGGUGUGGCCAAGAGGCACAGGUCCUGGGCACCCCUGCAGGCAGGAGUGGUCCUUGCCCUGUGUGCCCAGCAGACCCUGACUCCACCCUGAGCUUGGAUCCUCCUCUUUGUCACCAGCACGCAGUCUGUCCAAGGUUCCCAGCUUGCCUUUCUUGUACCUUUUUCACCUCCAGAAGAGUAAUUUUCGUUGAAUUGGAAUGAUAGUGUGGCACCAAAUGCUUAGAAAGUCCCCCACUAUGAGGUGCUAGCAUUAUGAAAUUACUGUUUCUGUAUUCUGUUAUUUCUUUUCAAGUAGGUUUUUUUUUUUUUAAAUUUAAGUAUAAAGAUGUCAAGAGAGAAAGGAUUUAAGAAAUGAAGCCACUAAGCAAAGGGUCUGACUCCAGCAGCGGGGGAGGGGGUGGCCCCACUUUCAGUCUCUGACAGCUCAGUCUCUGGUUACCAAAGCCACCACCCAGGUGGACAUGAGGGCAGGGACUUGACCAGGUGGAAAGGUGCCCUGGGAGCGGGAUGAGUUGUAGGGGUUCUUGGCCUUGAAUGUGCUGGCUAACGAGUCUGUUUGAGCGGGGCCUGGAGUGUCCCGGGUCUGCGCAUAAGGUUCCAGACCGUCUGCUAAGGGAAGACGGUGGGGAGGUGCGGCGUUCUGCCUGUGGAAGGGCAGGGGCUGGUUGCCCAGCCAGCGUCCCGCGGAGCCUACUCUCUGCACCGUCCACAUCUUGCUGAAUGAGAUCUCUCUUCAAACAUGAUGUUGCACAUUUUUGGUGCAGUAAAUAAAAGACAAUGCACAAAAUAGUA